UUUAAAAUCUCUCUUCUUUUUUUGUGCCUUCAAUCUGGUUAUUUAGGCGAUAUGAGGUUUUUACCCACAUCAACCAACAAAAGAUUGGAUGGAAAGAUCGCAAUAGUGACAGGAGGAGCAAGUGGAAUUGGUGCAAGUGCAGUAAAACUCUUCUGGGAAAACGGAGCCAAAGUUGUAAUUGCUGAUAUUCAAGACGAUCUAGGCCAAAAAUUGGCCACGAGUCUCAACAACGACAACAUCAUGUACUUCCACUGCGACAUAUCAAUAGAAGAAGAAGUUCGUGACCUUGUAGACUACACAAUCUCUAAGUAUGGUAAGCUAGACAUCAUGUACAACAAUGCAGGCAUAAGGGACAAGCCUAGAGGUUCGAUUUUAGACUCGACUCAAGAGGAGGUGGAUCGAGUCCUUAGAGUGAACCUAUAUGGUUCAUUCUUUGGAGCCAAGCACGCUGCUCGAGUCAUGGUGCCACAAAAGGAGGGUUGCAUAUUGUUCACUUGUAGUGUUUGCACAUUGAUAGGAGGGAUAGCAACGCACCCUUACACUAUGUCUAAGCAUGCCAUUUUGGGUUUGGCGAAGAAUUUGAGUGUUGAACUUAAGCAACAUGGUAUAAGGGUGAAUUGUAUCUCCCCGUCGGGUGUAUUCAGUGGCAUGGCACCGAGGCUUAUUGGGGGUCAAGGGGUUUUGAUGACCGAGGACGUUGCUCGAGCAGCUCUGUAUCUAGCUAGUGAUGAUGGAAGUUUUGUGAAUGGACAUAAUCUUGUACUAGAUGGUGGAUCUAGUGCAGUGAAUUCAUCCAUGGGAUUCGCGUUCAAUUCAAGUUAAACAAACUAAAAAAAUUAGCAUAUUGUUGAAAAUUUGCGUGUUAUGCCAACAAAUGUUUAAAAUGGCACUUAUAAUUAGAUGUAUCAUGUAUGUGGAAAUGAGUAAAAACAUACAAGAGCGUAUUAUUUUGUUGUCUAUUUGUGGUUCACAUAGAUGUACAUUUUAAUUAGCACUAUGAUCUUUAUAGUAUACAUUUUUGUAAUGACUGUUUAAUUAACGCAUACUUUUAAUAGCUAUUUAUAAAGAUUUAGACAUAAGUGGGUAAUUAUUAAAUUAAUAAAAUUUAUGAUAGAUGGAAUAAAAAUAUUUGACUAUUCAUCAGACCUACUUUUACUAAUAUUUGCGAUUUAAAUAUAAAAAAUAAAAAAAAUAAAAAAAUAAAAAAAUAAAAGUAUAGUCUUGUAGGUACUUAUUAGAAUCAUCUAAAUGAAUAAAUUAUUAAUUUUCAAUUAUCAUAAUUUAUACUUAUUGAUAAUUAAAGAUAUCAAAAUUUUACAUUGAUAUAAGUGCCUAGAGAACUUCUUGUGUUCUUGUUCAAAAUAACUCCUUACACGGGUUAGAGAACUUCGACACUAAUUAAAUUCCAACUAUCUUUUACUCUCCUCCUCCUCCCCCCUUCACAAUUCAAUUUGCAAUAAUUGGGUCUUAACCAUAUUAAUUCUGUAUUUAUGGUCUCAAUCUAAAUGGGUCAAAAAUUCAAGAUGAUCAGGGUUUCUGGGGCAGACUCAGAACUUAACCCGAGUUCACAAUCUCCAAGUAUGGUAAGCUCCCAGCCAUUAAUGCAACCCAGAUGGUCUCGUACAAAGAAGGACAACUUAGUAACAUUCAUAUUAAAUUUUCUUAAAAACAAAAUUGUCAUAUAAACCAAAAAAAAAAAAAAAACGACCACAAACAAAAUAACAAAUCAAAAGACCACAGCCAAAACAGAGCAGUGCACUAUCAACACACUGACUAAAAGCUUUUAAAAAAAAAAAAAAAAAAAAAAAAAGACCAGCAAAAGCAGAAAAAUGUAAAUUAACCACAUGUAAAUUCGCACAGAACACCAGCCAAAACUCUCUUCCCAUGUAACCUGCAUAAGAAACUUCUAAAAAUAAGGACACUGAUCACCAAAACCGUAACGUGAACACAAGAAACAUAAUUCACUCAAAUGCAAACAACUAAUCCACCAUUACAAACCAAAUGCAAACUACACAUAGUCUAUGCUACUAAGCAUUAUUAGUUUGGUUUAAUGUCCUAAACCAGACAUUGUAAAAAAGCUAACACUAUAGCCCUAGCAAUCUCAUUCCAUGUCAGAGUAUCCUAGUUUACAAUGCACCAAUAAAAUCAAAGAUAAAAAUGCCAAAGCAAUCUAGAAAGUGUAACAAACAAAGUUAAAAAAAGUUCCAAUGACAAGGA